AACCUUCAAUUAAGAACAUCUGGGAUGCUCCAAGUAUCUCAGAACCCACUGUUGUAAACUCCCAUCAUCUGUGUGAUCACCGUGGGAUCGUGGCUGUUGGUCUUCCAACAACUCGACAAAGACAGCUCCUGUCCCGUGUGCCGGCACUUUCACACCAAAAGAUGCCUAACACAGGAAUCUAUGCAUGCGGUAUUCCCCGCAGGCAGACAGAAGCUAGCGUAUUUUUCGUGACGCCGUUCUGCCCAACCGGAGCAAUGUGGGAGGUGUAGAAAACAGUUAAUUUGGUCUUGGAAUAGGGAUUUCGUCGACCCCCUCUUAUGACACCAUUCGCGGCGGAUGACUCGGACACCGUCGUGGUGGCUCAGCCCCUGCACUUACCCGAGCACCAGCAUCCCAAGGCAAACCACCGGAACUUCCGCCGUCUCCUGAGAUUUGAACGCGGUAUGAAUCAGGUAUCUAAGACGCAAGACCAAGAUGCUUCACUAAACCCUGCCAGCCAAUCUAAUCCCCCAACCCAAAUAACGAGUCCCCAAACGCAAUCAGGUCGAGUCCGGCUUGGCCAUCCUCUCCAUCCAGUCCCCUCCAUCCCUCUCAAAUCCCACAUCCAUCCCCCUCCCCAUCCCUUUCCUUCUCCGCACCGGUCUCCCUUUCCUUCCAGCCUUCCUCUCCAUCAUGUUCUUUCAGCUGUUGCCCCUUGCCCUGACCCUGCCGCUGUCGAACCUGUCCGCCGUCACCCCGUCGCGCCGCAUAAGGGAGGGGAAUGAUAGCCCUGUCAACAAACCCCUGCAGGUAACUCAGUAAACCGUCCAAUACACCCAUCCCGAUUCGCCAGCUCCUCUUUCAGCGCCUCCACCUCGUUGCUCAGCCGCGC